GCACAGUUACACAGGCUAAGGCACUCCCAAAAAGCCUCGUGUACCCUUAUGCAGGCCCUUUAGUACUCGAUGGUCUAGGUGGGAUUAUUUGGCUCUUUGCCCAAUGAGAUGGACACUAGACUUUGAGGUGCACUUCCAAAGCCCUAUCACUGUGUCUGUGCUGGGACUGAGCCAAUUACAGCGAGCAGGCUAUAGAAAAUUCUAGCUUAACUUCCUUAUAUGGAAACACCUGCUCGGGUACAGAAAUGCACGACUACAGAUGUACAGACCUCAUGCUGCUAAGGAAGGGAGGGCUUGUUUGCAAACUCUCUUUGUGAUUAAGCACAGGGAAGUUGUCUGUGUGGGAUCUCUCCAGCCCAGAACAGAAAGCUGCAGCACCUGCAUGGCUUGAUCAGACCUUGGUGGGACACCCCAGUAUUGUGCUUCCAGAAAAGUCAGGUUUUGGAAAACAGCAUUUGGCUUGUUCUUGUUUGCUAAGGGACUUGGGACAUGCCUGGUACUAAUGUGCAUAAUUCAGAUAAAACCAAGCAAGCCAAGACUCCUGAGGGACAAUCUGGCAUGACAAGCACAGCAACAGGAGUUGGGAAGUUUUUGGAAGCAGCACUGUGAUGUCUCUGUGCUGGAGGGAUGACUUUUGGGGAAGAUGAGGUUGGAGGAGGAAGUUCAGUGCAGCUGGUUUAAAAACAGUCCCAUGAAAUGAGGAAAACAUAGGGAAGAUAGGUUAAUUCUUGGUACCAAAGAAAUUUUCUCUCAGCUUCCUUGUGUUUCCAGCCAGUCCCAAAAUCCAGGAGCAGAGCUAGGCAAAGCCUGGGAAUCAUUCACACAAAGGCAACUGAAACUCCAAGAGAUGAUCAGAUGAAUCAAAUGUUCCUCUUCCCACCACUGUGACUGGUUCCCAUCUCUUCUGACCUGACAUCCCCGAGGGCCUUGGGAGGCUUUGCUGUUGUCUUAGCACUCUGGAGAAGUGCUGGAAUUGCUCCCCAGAAACUGUGGGAGGCACAAGAAGGCAUGAGCAGGACAAUCCUUGAGUGAAGGAUUCCUCACCCUGUGCCAGCCUGAGAGCUGUGCACGCCGAGGAAAGCGGCAAUCUGCCUGCAGCUCUGCACCGACCAGAGUUAGUGUUCCAGAUAAGUCCUAUACUGACCAUGACAUUAAUUAUUUUGUUUUGGUGGGUUCUGUGGAAUGCAAUUAUAUGUGUAUUUAUAAAAAGGGUGUUUCUCUAUGUUGCAAGCUAUAGUGCCUGAUGAGGUGUAGGUUUGUUGUAUUUAAAAAGUUUUACAAAAUAAAAAUUAAAAAAUCCUUUUUUCACAUUGUUUAUCCAGUAGUAUUCCACAUGAAGCCAAAGGUGGCUGUGAGGACUGGCCCCAGCUGUACACACUCUCCUGAAACCCCUCCUCAAGCCACUGAACCUCAAGCUACGAAUCACAAGUGCUUUUGUAGGAACAGUCUUUAUUUUUCCCACAAAGGACUUUUGAUUGCUUUACUACCCUGAAAUAGGAAUUGCCACGUGUGCCAUUUCUUCCCCAGUGCCAGGCAUGAGCUUUCUGCCCACAGCAAAGAUGGGCAGGAAACCAGACAUUUCAGAGGUUUUGUAUUAAUAAUUUCUAUUAAUGAAGGAUGUAGGAAGAGACAAACCAAUGGGCCUUGUGCCCUGUGAGGGUCCCUUCAGCUGUGUCCCUGUGUGCUGUGGGACAUCUUAGGCAUCUAGCAUUGCCCCCUUGGGGAUUUGGGGCCCAUGGGCCUGUUCAUUAAACACAAUAAUGGACUUUUUAUUAAAAUUCAGCACGGUGGCCUUUGCUGAGUCCACACCAGGUCACUGCCUGGCUUCUUCGCCAUCUUCUCACUGAUAAAACGAGGAUAUAAUUCACUGAUAUUCAAAGAGUCUGAAACCUUUGGAUGAAACAUUUUGAAUUAAAAUUCAUCUGAAUUAAAAACUUCCUUUCCCGGAAAUUUCCUUUAAAGGUGCCAGUUAUUAUUUUUCCUUCACCUUCAUCCGGCAGAUACUCUGUCCUCAUGCCCAGAAGCAGCCGUCACCGCGGGUCCCCUCGCGGGGAGGGCACAGCUCUCUCCGGUGCGGGGAGUCCAGCGGGGGUCCCUGUGGCGGGGGCGCGGCGGAGCUGCCGCUCGGCGCCGUUCCCGGGCUGUCUCCGCGCUAUUCCCGGGCUGUCCCCGCGCCGUUCCCGGGCUGUCCCCGCGCCGUUCCCGGGCUGUCUCCGCGCUAUUCCCGGGCUGUUCCCGCGCUGUUCCCGGGCUGUCCCCGCGCCGUUCCCGGGCUGUUUCCGGGCUCUCUCCCCGACGCCGCCGCCCCCUCCGGGGUCGCGGUGCCCCCCCCGCCCCCGCGCGCUCGGGCGCAGGCGCGCGCGGGUCACGUGCGCGGCGCAGGCGGCGGAGCGGCGCUGGAGUCCCGGGCUGCGCGCGACCCCCGCCCCGCGCGCCCCCGCGGCCCCGCGCGCGCCCCCGGCGGCGGCGGCGGCGGGUCCAGGAUUCCGUAUUUGGGAGUUGCUGUUUAGCCAUGUUUGCCAGUCUGGAAUUACCUGAAGUCCUGUUGCACACCUCAAAAUACUGAAGUUGUGAAAUUUCUUUUGAUCAACUGGAAUACUUCUCAAGUCACAUGCAGCACGAUUCUGCCAGGAAUCCCCUUCUGUUUGUCCUAGUGGAGGAACAGCUUGGACACUGCCAUGGCCACCAUUUGCAGCCUCACACAGUUGGUCUCACAGAGCCCAACACUGGGUCACCAGCACCACCUUGACGUCUGACAGGCUCCCAUUGUUGGAAACAAUGGUUUUGGAUGAUGUACCUAACUUAAAAGAUACAUGUGCCUCCUUGUACUCCUCAGCUAUGGAAGACUUAGAGGUGGAUUUUGAUUCAGGACUGGAGGAAGAUGAACUGAAACAGGAGGCUGCUCCUGGGGAUUCCACGAUCUUUGUAGCUUUUAAAGGAAAUAUAAGUGACAGAGACUUUGAGCAGAAGCUAGAUACCAUACUGGAGAAUGUGCCUGGCCUUUUACACAUGGAAUCCAACAAGUUAAAAGUGCAGAAGAUAGAGCCUUGGAACAGCGUUCGUGUCACCUUCAACAUCCCCCGGGAAGCUGCGGAGCGGCUGAGGAUCCUGGCUCAGAGCAACAACCAGCAGCUCCGAGACCUGGGCAUCCUCUCAGUUCAGAUUGAAGGGGAAGGUGCUAUCAACUUGGCUUUAGGCCAGAGCAGGAGCCAGGAUGUGCGGAUCAACGGGCCCCUGGGAGCGAGCACGGCCAUGCGCCUGGACACGGGAUUCCCCAUGCAGGGGGGGCAAGGUUUAAUAAGAAUGAGCAAUGCUGCAGCUGUUAUGAUGUCCCAGGGUGGAAAUGUGCCCUCCUCUAUGGUGGCAAGUGGUGCUAGUGCUGAGCUGCAGCCACGAACACCUCGGCCUUCCUCACAGCCAGAUGCAAUGGACCCACUCUUAUCUGGGCUAAAUAUACAGCAACAAAAUCAUCCAUCUGGAUCUUUAGCUCCCCAGCUCCAUUCAAUGCAGUCAGUUCCUGUAAACAGGCAGAUGAACUCAGCCAGCUUUCAGCAGCUACAGCAGCAGCAGCAGUUACAGAAUCGGCCUCCCCAGCCACAUCAGCAGCCACAGCAGGGUAUUCGACCUUCGUUCUCUUCACCAGCACAGGUUCCAGUUCCCCCUGGCUGGAACCAGCUUCCUUCUGGAGCACUUCAGCCUCCUCCAACCCAGGGAGCACUGGGUACAUUGACAGUAAACCAGGGUUGGAAAAAGGCCCCAUUGCCUGGACAAAUGCAGCAGCAGCUUCAAGCAAGACCAUCUCUAGCAACUGUACAAACUCCUACUCAUCCUCCACCUCCAUAUCCUUUUGGAAGCCAGCAAGCUUCCCAGGCUCACUCAAACUUUCCCCAGAUGAGCAAUCCUGGCCAGUUUACUGCUCCUCAAAUGAAAAGCCUUCAGGGAGGACCCUCACGGGUUCCUACACCACUACAACAACCCCACCUGACCAACAAGUCUCCUGCUUCUUCUCCCUCCUCCUUCCAGCAGGGCUCUCCUGCCUCAUCUCCAACCGUUAACCAGACACAGCAGCAGCUGGGACCAAGGCCUCCCCAGAGCAGCACUCUUCCCCAGGGAUUCCAGCAGCCUGUCAGUUCUCCCAGUCGUAAUCCUAUGGUGCAACAGGGGAAUGUACCCCCCAACUUCAUGGUGAUGCAGCAGCAAAACCAAGGUCCACAAGGUUUACACCCUGGUUUAGGAGGAAUGCCCAAGCGGCUGCCCCCGGGGUUCCCUGCAGGCCAGGCUAACCAGAACUUCCUGCAAGGUCAGGUGCCCUCCACAGCUCCAGGAACAGCGGGGAACAGCGGAGCGCCGCAGCUGCAAACCAGCCAGAACGUGCAGCACACAGGUGGCCAAGGAUCUGGACCUCCUCAAACUCAGAUGCAAGCAGCACAUGGCCCACCAAAUAUGAUGCAGACCAACCUAAUGGGACUUCAUGGAAAUAUGAAUAACCAGCAGGCUGGUGCUAGUGGGGUGCCACAGGUUAACAUGGGCAACAUUCAGGGACAGCCUCAGCAAGGACCACAGUCCCAGCUUAUGGGGAUGCAUCAGCAAAUCGUGUCCUCUCAAGGACAGAUGGUGAACAUUCAGGCUCAGGGAUCGCUGAACCCUCAAAACCAGAUGAUACUUUCUCGAACUCAGCUCAUGCCGCAAGGCCAAAUGAUGGUGACACCUCAAAACCAAAAUCUUGGUCCCUCUCCCCAGAGGAUGACCCCACCCAAACAGAUGAUUUCCCAGCAGGGACAGCAGAUGAUGUCCACACACAAUCAGAUGAUGGGACCUCAGGGCCAGGUCUUGCUACAGCAAAACUCAAUGAUGGAACAGAUGAUGACCACUCAGAUGCAAGGAAACAAACAGCCUUUUAAUAGUCAAAACCAGUCCAAUGUUAUGACGGGGCCAGCUCAACUGAUGAGAGGACCAACCCCAAACAUGCAAGGAAACAUGGUGCAGUUCACUGGGCAGAUGAUGGCACAGCAAGGCCCUGUGAAUGGGAAUCCUUCUCAGGUGAUGGGAAUUCAAGGGCAAGUUUUAAGACCCACUGGACCUGGUCCUCACAUCUCUCAGCAACUUGGGGAUACUACAACCACAACAAACAAUGAUGGGAACUUGACACAGAUGUUACCUGAGGUUCCUGUUCAGCAGCCAAACAUGGUGCCUUCUCAUAUGCAAGGAAUGCAAGGAAACAACAAUGCUUCAGGGAGUCAUUUCUCUGGCCAUGGGCUGCCUUUCAGUACAGGGUUUAGUGGAACUCCCAAUGGGAACCAGGUUUCCUGUGGGCAGAACCCUGUAUUUCCUGUCAAUAAAGAUGUGACGCUCACAAGUCCACUCUUGGUUAACCUACUUCAGAGCGAUAUCUCAGCAGGGCACUUUGGUGUGAACAACAAACAGAAUAACCAGAAUGCCAACAAGCCAAAGAAGAAGAAGCCUCCAAGGAAGAAGAAAAAUAAUCAACAGCUAGAACAAACAACUUCUUCGGAAUCACGUCCAGCUGGCCUGGAGGAGAGUGAUCAGUCAUCGAUGUCUGGAGACCAAGGAAUGAAUUUAGAUAAGUCAGGCCCUAAACUCUCAGACUUUUCAAGUAGGCCACCAGGUUACCCAUCUCAGCCAGUGGAGCAAAGGCCACUUCAGCAGAUGCCGCCUCAGCUCGUGCCACACACGCAGCAGCCCCAGCCGCAGCAGCAGCAGCCCCAGGCAGCCCCACAGCAGGGCCAGGCACCCCCCCAGACACAACAGCAGCAGCAGAUGAUGAUGAUGCUGAUGAUGCAGCAGGAUCCCAAAUCAGUGAGGCUGCCCGUGCCCCAGGGGGUUCAUCCCCCCAGGGGGCCCCUGAACCCAGAUGCCCAGCGGAUGCCGAUGCAGCAGAGCGGGAGCAUGCCAGUGAUGGUGAACCUCCAGGGGACUGGGCCCGUGCCUCCAUCUCCUGACAAACAGAGGAUGGCCCUGCCAGGCAAUCCUCCUCUGGGAAAUAAUGCAAGAAAAAUGGUUUAUCCAGAUAAUGUACAGAAUCCUUCCAGCUCACCUCUCAGAGAGGUGUCAUCAGUAUCCUCUCUUCCGGAUGGAGGUGGAGUCGAGGGCCCUCCAACAUCAGCAGCUCAGAAUAAUGUGACAUCUCAUUUAGUAGUUUCACAGAACCAGUUAAUGAUGACAGGACCCAAGCCUGGACCAUCCCCACUAUCAGCUGCCCAAGGUGCAAGUCCCCAGCAGCAGUCUAGUUCUCUGUCUAGUGCUCUUACACACCAUUUUCCAAAUGUUGCUGCCCCAUCACAAACUUCAAGGCCUAAAACCCCAAACAGAGCUAGCCCAAGGCCAUAUUACCCUCAGACUCCUAAUAACCGUCCACCCAGCACAGAACCCUCAGAAAUCAGCCUGUCUCCAGAGAGGCUCAAUGCUUCUAUUGCUGGACUGUUCCCUCCCCAGAUCAAUAUUCCUUUACCUCCUAGGCCUAAUCUCAAUAGAGGAUUUGAUCAGCAGGGUCUGAAUCCCACUACUUUAAAGGCCAUUGGACAAGCCCCAUCAAAUCUCACAAUUAACAAUCAGUCCAGUUUUACUGCCUCCCAGUCACACAAGUUGGAAGGUGGGGUCAUUAAUUCGGGCAAACAAACCAACACUGGAGGAACAAAGAGAGCAAGCCCAAGCAAUAGUCGAAGAUCCAGUCCUGGAUCCAGUAGGAAAACUACACCAAGCCCUGGCAGACAGAAUUCAAAAGCAGCUAAAUUAUCAUUGACAACUCAGCAGAAUCCAUCUCUCUUGCAGAACGUGGAAUUACAGAGAAAUAUGAUGGCUGGUCCCUCUUCUUUGCCCACACCUGUGACCACAAGUUUUCAAAAUAACUCCGUGCUAAGUAAUCAGAAUCCUGCAGUUUCUGUACCUGCUGUGACUGGCAUUCCUGAAGACAAUAAGGAGAGCCUUAGUAUGCCUCAAGAUACUGAGAGUCAAAGUGCACAAGGUGUCCAGAGUAGCAAGGACCAGCCCAGUAUGGAACUGAAAGGUGUCCUUACCCCAGAAAUGAAAGUGCUGAUUCCUGAGGAACAGGCAAAAAAAGACGGGCAAGCCUUAGAUAGCAGUAAGCUCCCAGUCGUGGAGGAAAGUAAAGCCAUGGUAUCUCCAGCUAUGAGGGAGGCACCAACUUCUCUAAGUCAGCUUCUUGACAAUUCUGGAGCUCCUAAUGUGACCAUUAAGCCUCCUGGGCUGACUGGUCUUGAAAUGGCACCAAUAGUCCCCACUGGUGAGGAGCUAAAGAAGAUAGCUGUCAUUCCUCCACUGCAGGAUUCAUCCUUGAGCAAGGAGCCAUCUAAUUCACUUAGCCUGCCUCAAAAUAAUGAGCCCUGUCCAAAUCCAGGGCACCAGGAACUGGGAGAAGUAAAUGCAAGCAUUGCACAGAGUGUUCCUCCAGUAAUGCAGAGGCCUGUUAGCUCUUCCUCUAUUUCAGGCCCUUUACCCCCCAACCAGAUAACAGUUUUUGUGACUUCCAACCCUAUUACAUCUGCUGCUAAUACAUCAGCUCCGUUGCCAUCCCACUUGCAAUCUGCAUUGGUGUCCACUGUUGUCACCAUGCCCAACGUGGGGAGCAAAGUGAUGGUUUCGGAAGGACAGUCGGCAGUUCAGUCCAACGCGCGGCCGCAGUUCAUCACACCUGUGUUUAUAAAUUCAUCCUCAAUCAUCCAAGUGAUGAAGGGCUCUCAGUCCAGCACAAUUCCAGCAGCCCCCAUGACUUCCAACUCGAGCCUGAUGCCUCAGUCGGUCGCGGUUGUUGGUCCUUUGCAUAUCCCACAGAAUAUCAAGUUUUCCUCUGGGCCCACUCCUCCCAGCACCUCAUCCCCCAGUCCUGUGUCCAGUAUUCCCACCAGCAGAUCACUCAUUCUGAAUCCCUUGGCAUCUCCUGCCCAACUGCCUUCUCCCGCUCCAGCUCCAUCCAGUGUUCCUCUGCAGCUCCCUGCUCCGCAUGCCAAGGACUUCAGCCCGGAGGAGACACCCCAGGGCGCAGGGUCGGGUGAGCAGUGCCCUGUGCCAGCAGCCCAGUCGGGACCUGUUGUUUCCCCUCUGCUUACAAGCAGCCCGGGAUCUGGGAAUAGACGCAGUCCUGUUUCAUCCAGCAAGGGAAAGGGAAAGGUAGACAAGAUUGGCCAGCUCCUGCUGACUAAAGCAUGCAAGAAGGUCACUGGCUCCCUGGAGAAAGGGGAAGAGCAGUAUGCCUUGGAUGGAGAAACAGAAGGGCAGGGACCAGAAACGUCGGUCCCAAAUAGUUUGGGAACAGAGCAGCAACCAGCAGAACCCGAGAACAAAAGCGGGACACCUCCAGCACCCAGUCUUACAAAACAGAGCACUUCUGGGCCCGGCAGCUCGAGCCUCAGCCCCGCGGCGUCCGCUCCCUCCUGCGCGUCCCCGGGCGCGCCCCCGAGCACUCCCGCCCCGGGCGCGCCCCCGGCCGCAGCCCCUCCGGCCGGAGCGCCCGCGGCAGCGCCGGAGCCCGCGGGCCCCAGCGCCGAGGGCGGCAGCCCCGGGGGAGGCCCGGAGCCGGGCGGGAGCGCUGCGGCCGAGGAGCAGCCCGCAGCACCGCCGGAGCUGCUGCAGAGCGCAGCAUCCUCUCAACAUUUAACACAGAAAAAAAGUUCAGUUACAACAUCAGAAAGCACUGUUCAAAGAACAGAACUUGAGACAAAUGCUGCAGUAGUUGCUGGUCAAAGUAAUGAGACAAAAGAGAAUUGUGAAAAGUCUAAAACUCCAAGUAGAAGAAAUUCAAGAACAGAGGAUUCUGCCGCUUCACAGGAAACUGUAGAGAACGGGCAGCGCAAGAGAUCCUCGCGACCCGCGUCCGCAUCCGGCACAGCUAAAGAAACGAGUGCCAGUGCAAUGCAGUCAAAAAGAAGAAAAUCCAAGUAAAUUACUGCAUGGAAACAUGAGACUUGUAAAUGAGUAUGAAUUUACCAAUAGCAAUUUUGAGCUGUGAUUUUUCUUUUUUAAAUAAAAUUCUGUACAGUAAGUCAUUUUAAUAUUAUACUGUUCCCAAUAAAUGAUUUUUUUUUCUAAAAAACAUGAAUAGAUCUAAAAACUGGGUUCUUCUAAAACCCUCUGGAUUUGAAAAGUGAAGUCAGGGUAAUGUGUUUGUAUGAAAUGGAAGGGGAGGGGAAGACAAUUGUAAAUUUAUUUGUUUCCACUUUUCAUAAACAAUUUAGAAUACAGGGUUGUCAUUUUUAGGUAUUAAAAUAAUGUAAUGUGCUGUUGUUUCAGUACUGUAUGUGAAUAGCAGUCAGAGGGUUUAUAAACAAACCCCAUUAUUUGGAAAUGUAAAUAAUUUUAUUAUACAGUAGAUCUGAUGUAUUUGUUGUAGAAAUGGACCAGUGAAACAGAAUAUAAAUUUAAGGGUUUGUAUAAUGUGGAAUCCCUCAUGCUCUAAAUAAAUGUUAUUGUCCUAUAAA